UUUAAGAAGCACAAGUUCCUGUUUCCGGCUGGAAAAGGGCUCGUAGUUUGAAUUAGUACGUUUCCGAGGAGAUUAGCUUUAGCUUGCAAGUUGUUAACCAGUACUGCGCAGUAAAAUCACAAUGACGACUGGAGGAGAAUUAAGUUUAGAUGUCACUACUGAACGUUUGAAACGGCGGUAUCUGAAUAGUAAGAAUACAAGUAUACGUGGUUUGAGAAUUUGGUCAUCAUUUGAAGAAAUGGAACAUAAUAAAGGAAUUGGUGACUACUUAACUGAAAAGUCGGAACAGUCUUCUGCACUGAAGUCUUUAUCAUCAGUCUCUCAUCUUUCCUAUAGUGAAAAAAAACAAUUUAGCAAGGCUUUACGUGAGCUGCGGAAAGCAGUUAAACGAAACACAGCAUGGUUUGGUAGAAAUGCGUCUUACCUUCAUGAUCCCAGUACGUAUUCAGAUAAUGAAUCUAGUGAUGACUGUUCUAUAACUGAAAAAGUUCAAGAUACUGGCACACUCCUUUAUACUGAGGCAGAUGUCACUUUGCCUUCGAACCUCAAUGCAACAACCACUGCUUCAUCUGAUUAUAUGCAUUCAACUGCUGCUUCAGCAAAAAGGACUGUAAACCAACCAAAAUAUGAGGAUCACAGCUUUGUGUAUACUGAGAUCAAUCAAAUAUAUGCUGAACUAUUAUCAGUACAUCAUAAGCUCCAGCAAGAAAAAAAAGCACAACACGAGACUGCAAUGGAACUUGAAGAACGUGAGCAUUUUCUCACUGAGAAGGAGGUUCUUCUCUCUAAACAUCAAGAUGCGUUGACAAAAAUAAAAGGCGUAGAAGAAGAAAUUCACACAAAGUUUCGAAUUAUGAAAGAGCAAUAUGAUACAGAAAUUAAACAGCUGUCUGAAGCACUAAAGAACAAAAUGAAAGAAAAUAAAAGGCUGAAAUCAUCAUUUGACACCUUAAAAGAAAUGAAUGACUCCUUAAAGAAAGAGAUUAGUGAAGUCAGUGCUCAGAACAAGAAACUUGAAAUGCAAGGAAGAAAAGUUCAAGCUCGCUUGGAAAAUCUCCAGAGGAAACAUGAGUUCUUGAUGGCACACAAAGGGCAUGACACAAUUCUCAGAAUGCAGCAGGAAAUCAAACCUCCACCACAGGAGAAAGUGCAGCUCCCUACAAAACUAAACAAGGUACCUCUGAAUACUCAAGUCUAUGAGUUUUUGGUUGUUUUGAUGGACUGGAUCUCCGAUAGCCACCUUAGACAUCUAAAUGCAGAGGAGCACACUGCGAUUCAGAAUAAAGCUAGUACUUUAUCCAAAGAAAGUAUGCAGUCAAAAUGUAUUAAGAUACUACCCAUGGUAACAGAGCAACUACAAUUUAUGCCAUCUGUAAAUCCUAAAGUACAUUUGUCACUGGUCACAUUUGCUUACUGGACUCUGAGACAGUUAGACUUUGGAGAACAGCAAAAAACAAUGUUUUCAACACUGAGAAGACUUGGUGAAGAAAUAUUCAGAGGAACAGAAACUAGGAUUCAGAACAGUUCACCUGAGCAGCCUGUAAAAAGUAAAGCAAAGACAGCUGCAUUCUUUAAAAGCACUGAUCAGCAUCUGAGAUUUGUAUCAACACUAAUUGUCCUGAAAACACUUACACAAGCAGAUCUUCUGGCUCAAGCAUUUGAUGCACUUCAUAAGGAGCAGAAGACAGAUGAAGGCAAGUCCUUGUUUUUGGAAUACCAUGCUGUUCCAGUCAUUUUGAACCACUUGAGGGCAUCCAACAAAGGUCUGCUUUCUUCUGCUGUUGAUAUCUUCCUACAGAUGGCAGUGGAGUCAAGGUUUCUGCAGCCUUUCCUAGAAAUCUGCAGCUGUGAAUCAUUUUUCCGUAAUUGUUCCAUACUCCUUCGAAAUCCCAAACUAGAAAUACAGAUAUUGGAAAAACUCAGUAUUAUUCUACAGAAGCUGUCAAGAAUCAAGCGCAAUAAGAAACUAUUUGAAAUCUUUGCCAUCCACUUGAUAAUCCAGGAAAUGCACAGGACAAUGAACUCAGAACAUGCUUUCCUGUCAAUCAACCUCAGUUCAUUACUCUUCAAUCUGGGCAUGACCAAGAACAGUUCAUUUAGCUCCAGUCAAGGCACAAGUUAAAUCUUUUUUGAAAUCUUUAAUUGCCGUAUCCAUUAUCCUUAUUGUAAUGGAUCCCUACUUUUUGAUGCUGUAUUAAUAACAUGACUAUUGUCUUUUAUGCCACUUCUACCACUAACCAGAAAUUAAGGCAGUUAGCCAUUCUCCCUAGCUUGUUUUGUGUCUUAGACCAGCAUGUAUUCAUUUUGAUCACUGAACAAACUGGAAAAAAAAAGCUUGACCCCUUUCUUUGUCAUUUGCUAUCUUGAGAAAGAUGGCCACAUUUUUCUAUCACUCAGUUUGUUGAUUUUUUUCUGUUUCAGAAAACUAGUCAGGUAUUUGUUUGUUCUUCAUUAAGGGCUAUUUUGAGUAAUUUAUUGCAUAAACUAAGUGAAUAGUAGAUCACACCUGAUUACAUUACCAAUUUAGUAUUUUAAAGCUUUCAAUUUUAUCCAUCUAUUUUUAUUUUUUUUUUAUUUAUUUUGGCCUCUUCUAAAAAAAACUCUUGACAACUGAAUUUGUAGAAAUUUGAUUCCUUCUAGAUCUAACUUACAUUUUUUUGGUCUGAGAAAGGAAUCUGUUUUGAAGUGGAUCUAUACCUAGACAUUGCAUCAUUGACCUUUUUAUGUUGGCAGUGUAAAUGGUCUUUAACAGCUGUGUGCAAAAAAAAAAACAUUUUGGCAGGAGCAAGUCUUGUACAGUCUCACAUCCCAACAUCUUUAAAUAUACUAAAUCCAAAUUUAUGUAGUCUUUGAAUUAGGAGGAAACUUGUUUACCCCCCACACACACACACACACUCAAAUAAUUACUUGCAUUUCAACAGAGUCAUUUAAAAAAAGACUAUUCCUUUUUCAUUUAACUAUGGUACAAUGUUUACUGUGUAUCCCUUCUGAAAUGUUAUACUUUACUUUGUAGCCUUUGAUUACAUCUGUCUAAAUGUAUUUUAAUAUUUCAAGCAUUUCUAUAUGGAAAUGAAACAUUAACUAUUUGAUAUCUCCUCUCCUAAUUUAUUUUAAUCGGGUUCUUUUGUUACAAAAUAUUUUAAAAUCCAGGAAAUUCUGUAUCCUCCUUUUCUCCAUAAAAAAACUUUAAGCAAAUAAGCAGUACAUGGGAAUAUUCUCACUUAAUUAGAAUAGGUAGAAUUGGCGAGACAUGUUAUGGCCUUGUAAAAUGGUUGUUUUGGUCAUAUAAAUGUUUAAUUCUGGUCCACAUUGAAUCUAAAGAAAAGAGUUUUAUAGUAAACUAUGAAAAUCCCCUCAAGUUGGUUGGUAACUCUUCUUCAGUGGCUACUUUAUCGAUUUCUUGCUCCAGUGCUACAUAACUAGACUUUUUUUUCAGGUUUUUCCUUGAACUGCAUAAAUUACUAGGUGCUAGUCUCCUUCCUUCCAAACCAUUUAUUAUGCCUGGUACAUGAAUGCUUAUAUUUAUUUUGCAAAAAGUAGUUAUCUUAUAAUUGUAUUCCUAGAUAUUUGUAGUAUUGUAUUACAUUUGUUUUUAUUUCAUUUUAAAGUCAUUAUUGAUCCUGUUUAUGUGGUGACAUUUGUUUAUUAUUCACUGCAGUUCUUUUGCUGGGGUUUCUAGAUAUCAGUGUGAAGAACUAAAAAAGAUUCAAAACUUUUUAUGUUUGUAACAUUCUCUGAAUAAAUGCAUUGCUCUGAGAGACUGCUGUAUUGGGUGAGGAUUGGGUUGCUAACAGCAGAGGGAUUGGGCAUUGCAGGCAAUACUCAAGUACCCAGUAUGGCAUCCACAGCAGCCAUCCUGUAAUAUGAGAA